AUGGCGGCCCCCAUUGACCCAGUUCAAGCAGCCUUCCAAAGCGUGAUACAUGAUUUCAAGGACAAGCUCAGUGACACCAAGCUCUACAAUGAAAUAUUGAAAACGACGUCUAUUGACGAAGUAUACGAUGCCACUGACAAGCUCCAGGAGGAACAGGCAAAAAAUGGCCACCUCCGUCAUCUGUCCAAAAUCGAGCCGUACCUUGAACGACUCAGGGAGUACUCCGGUGCCAUAGACACAUUCGUCCAGACAAAGCCAAAUGUUCUCGCACUCAUAUGGGGCCCGAUCAAGUUGCUAAUCCAGUGGACCAGCACUUUGAAGCAGUCGUUCGACGCAAUCAUCAAUACGACAGAGGAGAUUGGCGGGCUCCUCCCCGAAUUCAAAGAAGUCAACCAGCUAUUUGCACACAAUGUACAGCUUAAGGACGUUUUGGUACUCUUUUUCCAGGACAUCCUCGACUUCUACCUUGUUGCCUUGCAGUUCUUCAGUAAGCCUAGGUGGCGAUACGUCUUCGAAUCAUUGUGGCCCAAACAGAGAGAUAGAAUUAAACUAGUGAUAACAAAUAUUGGACGACACACUGCCCUCAUGAGGAAUGAAUUCCGUAUGGAGCACAUUCGAGAAGAGCGCGAUGCUCGUCUCCGAGCACUAGAGCACUUCGAGAAGAUGGACAGGUCCAACAGGCAGCAGGAGUACAACAUCAUCAAGACUGGUAUAUCACCAAAAUCCUAUGACGAUAAGUUGGAUUGGCUCUAUGGCCGCAUUUGUGAAGGGACUGGCAAGUGGCUAUUGAGAGACCCAACAUUCGCAAAAUGGCUGGACUUUGCAGAUGUCUCAACGAAAAUAGUCUGGCUCCAAGGAAUUCCCGGAGCAGGAAAAACAUUUUUGGCUGGAACCGUCAUCAGCAAGGCUAAAACCACUGGGCGGGCAAUAUUUGCCUUCCUUAGCCAUGUCUUCAGCAGCACAUCCGCCUUAUCAAUAUUACACUCCUUGAUAUUCCAACUCGCGUCCGACGAUGACGAUCUGCAAGCUGCACUUUGCCAAUCGAGUCGAGCAGAUCUCAAGAACAGUAUCACUGUUGCUGUCAGUCUCCUGACAACGCUUCUCAAAUGUGCCGGACCGGUAUAUAUCAUCAUUGACGGCGGAGAUGAGAUUCAUGAGAUUGAGCGCGGAAGACUGUUCCGGCAACUUCUCGAACUGUCCAAGAACUGCGAGGAGACAAAGAUCCUGAUAAGCUGCAGACCAGAAGCUGAUAUAAUAGCAAUCCUUGGCUCGGCAUCCACGUCGAUUCGUGUGGACAACCGCAACGCCGGCAGCAUUCAGGCCUUCAUAACUCGUCAGAGCCAAAGGUGGUUCGAAACUCGAAACUUCCUUUCCAAGGAAAGGGCUGAGAUCGAGGGAUUACUGGCCCCAAUUGCGGCCAAUGCAAAGGGCAUGUUCCUAUAUGCGAAGGUCCUUUGGAGCAGCAUUGAACUUUUGACCGACGUUCAAUCUAUUCGAGAGGAAUUGAGAGUACUGCCAGAGGAUCUAGAUGCCGCUUACGCCCGGAUCCUCUCAAGAAUUAACAAUCUACCUUCUGUCAAGGCGAAAAAUCAAAGACGAAAUAUAUUGGGAUGGGUCGGUUGCUCUCCAACACCUCUGACGAUUCAAGAACUAGAACAAGCCCUGAUGGUCGACGUCGAAAAUGUGGACGGCAUUGUGCGGGUACCAUGCAGUUUAAAUAUUGUCGAACUCUGCGGGCCAAUUGUGGAAGUGGUUGAUGAAUACGUCCAGUUUGUUCACUUUACAGUCAAAGAAUACAUAUUCAACCCACGGGUCGACGGCAGUAUCGACAACACAGAAGCGACUCUUAGCCUUGCCAAAUGCUGCAUCUGGUACCUUCUCCAAAGUCACUUUGAUCCGCGGAUUACAGAUGACGAGGUUGCGGAUAAUAUAAUCUCUGGUAAAUACCGGUUACACAACUUUGCCGUAACUAUGUGGUCAGAGCUUGUCAAGCGUUACAUUAGCCUGAAUGGGUCAAAGUCUCUGUCAACCAAACUGAUCUCCGCGCUUGAAUGCCUUGCGAUAGAAAGAUCCAACAGCGACUUUAGCGGCAGCAUCGAGCUGGCUGGUCAGUCCGACCAGCCGCAGCUGGAAAAAUUCAAAGACCAGUGGCCGGAACUACACACAAUGCUAUGUCAUGUAGCUCAGUUUCGUUGGCGAUGCUCCAGUUCUGAUUAUCAUAUGAGCAAAGCACAAUCGCACAACAAUUUGUUGCCGAAUGAUCUUGACGCAGAUGAUAUACAGCCUCUCUUGUUCGAUCUCGUUGGAUUAGACAGAGUUGAGGCGGUGAAGAGUGUUCUGCAUCAUUUCAACAAGCUCGACUCCUCUGUCCAAAAAGAACUAGGAAAACUAGCUGCCUCCUCCGGAUCUGCUGCCAUGGUCCAGUUGAUAUGCAUCGCUGAUAGCAAUAGGAUAAGCACAUACCCGGACUUCUUGAUUGAGUCAAUAAGGGGUACGAACUUUGAAACGUUGAGAUGGUUUCUAUCUCGGAUUGACAGUGAAGUACAAGAGGAUAAAUUUCACCUUAGUGCUUGGAAAUUCGUCCUGGUGGCACUUUUAGAGAUGGGAUCUAUAGAAAUGUUCCAAGAGUGCGAGAAAUACCUCCUCGCCGCAUUUAGUACCACCACACAUGGCAACUGGAAGUCCAGAUAG